AUGGGGGCUGCUGAGGUCUGCUGGGGUUGUCUUGCUUACCUUUUCCCCGCAGGAGGAAUACGUCCUGGUUUUGAGCUGAUCCUGACUGGAAAAAUUAAAAACACUAAAGCUCAUACAUCUGCCUCAAUUAUCUUAUGUGGGAAAAAUGAUUUCAUGUGUGAUGAGAUGCAACACUUUUUACAUGAUGCUGUUUGUGUGAAGAGAGUUUUAGAGUUAAAAUCCAUGGUUCCAGUUGGGGGUGCCAUAGAAGCAGCACUUUUCAUAUACUUUGAAAACUACAUGACCAGCAGGAAGUCUUGGGAAUAGCUUGCUAUCACAGAGUUUGAAAGAUCUCUUCUUGUUAUUCCUAAUACACUGGCAGUUGAUGUUGCACAAGACUCCACAGAUCUGGUUGCAAAAUUAAGAGCUUUCAUAAUGAAGCUCAAGUUAACCCAGAAUGUAAAAAAUCUAAAAUGGAUUGGUCUUGAUUUGAUCAAUGGUAAACCUCAAGACAACAAACAAGCAGGCAUGUUUGAACCAACCAUAGCUAAAGUUGAGUCGAAAUUUGCAACAGAAGCUGCAAUUACUAUUCUUCAAAUUGAUUAUCUUAUUAAAUUUCAUUCAGAAAGUAGAGAUAAUAUACAUGGAGAUUAUGAACAUGCUGUAUGCUCUGGAGACCUUUAUGACUAA